AUGGCCCCCUCGCCGGCUCCCCACGACAGAGAUCGAUCGACCUUCGGCUCUGAACACCAUCCUCCUGCUGCAUCCUCCUCCACAGCGUCCCCGUCGGCCCAGAGAACAACAGCUGUGCCCCCGCCUGCGCCAGCUGCAGCAGCAACAGGCAGCCCGAAUGCGCCAACAGCUUCUGCUCCGCCAGCUGCCCGCUCCGCCAGCGACAGCCCCAGGUCGUCGGCGCAGACAGCGACAUCCGCACGCAAACCCUCACCGCCAAGCGCCUCUCGAAACGCUUCUGCCCCAAAGAUCCUUGUCAAGAAGGAGCCUGAGUCGCCCGACAUGCCCGCGGGGCGCCAUCGGCCCAGGAAACUGGACCUCUCCAAGAACACCACCAAUAUCGUGUCGCCUGCCACUGCGAGACCCCUGACUGCACGCGACGGGCCCCUGGGCAUCCAAGAGAUCGGCCUGGCGUGCCUAUCUCCUGGCCUGACCACCCAGGAUCCCGUAAUGAAGGAGCAAUUGCAGCGCAGUCUGGCCGUUCGGGAGCAGCAACGCCAGAUUAUCGAGACGAGGUUACAGCAGCAGCAACAGCAGCAAAAGGAUGGCGACAAGGAUAAGAAUGGCAGCCAUUUCACCGCGAAAACACCAGGCUUGGCUCGCAAGCGUGGCGCGCCGCCAGGCUUGAGUAUCGUCGCACCCUCGCACGAGCAAUUUGCGAACGAAAGGGUCAUCCAAUCCGCCCCCCUUGGCCAGACGUUCACGGGGAGAUACGACACGCACUCGGCGACCCGCCAUAUCACUAACCAGCCCUCGCACCUGGGUCACACGUCGCACAUCCACCACGUCCCCGCGAACCAGACAAACAACCGUCUGCCCCCGCUCGCCGACGUCUUCGGCCGCGAUCUGCCGAGCCAUAGAGAGUCAAACAGCCAUCUCACAGCCCGGGAUUACCGCGAGCCACUCCCCUCGCCGCAUCACCCGCCGCCGCCACCGCAAGCUCCGCUCUCGGCCCGGAGGGAGUACAAGACAGCGGAGGAAGCGCAACACGAGCUCGCUGGCGGGAGGCCAGAGCUCUUACCAAAGUUAGUACGCUACGGCGGGCAUCACCAGCCCCCGACGCCGCCUUCCCCCCCUCAUCAUGCUUCUGCGCAACCCCCUCGCGAUCAGCCGCCCCAAAGCACUGGUUAUUCUGCACACGAUCACACUCAUAGCUAUUCAUCUUCUUCAUCUGCUCAACCCCCCAGACAAUCUUACGCUGACCCGCACGCCAGCCGCGCCCCUCCAAGCAGCACUGCCGCCGCCAAUCCCCCGCCCCCGCACCUCUCUGCAAGCUCUACUGCCGCUCCCCAUCACGGUGCCACGACCCCGCUGCACCCGGGUAUGGGCGCUGCCUCGGCGCCAUCGUCAUCUGUGGGCAGCAAGCGCCGCCGCGACGAGUAUGAGGCUGGUUCGCCCCCGCUGGGCAACGGUAGGCCCGCGGUGCAGCCACGCCGGUAUGGGCCGUUUGGCGAAGGCCGCGAUAGCCCUGAGACGAUGGAGGCAAAGAAGCAAGAGUUUUUGAGGUUGUGCGAGAGGGCGUGGGAUUUGUUCCAUUCAUGA